AUGGAGAGGGGGGCCGGAGCCCAGCUGUGGCUCCUGCUGUGGGUCACCUGUUGCGGACACGCACAAGCCCACCACCUGAGUGACUACACUUCGGUCAUCGAAGUGACCAAUGGGGGUCCUUGGGGCGACUGGGCCUGGCCUGAGAUGUGUCCUGAUGGAUUCUUUGCCAGUGGGUUCUCGCUCAAGGAGGAGCCCCCCCAAGGCAUUCCUGGCGACGACACUGCUUUGAACGGGAUCCGACUGCACUGCUCACGCGGGAACGCCGAGCGCGACACACACGUGGUGGGGCGCGUGGAGUGA